UCUGAAUAUCAUAAAGUUUCAUGAAGGGGUUUAACAAGGCAUGUGCAUAGCCGUAAGCGAUCUGGAUGUUCGGCCGGACGAGGGUAUAACAUCGCGAUCCCACACAGUAAUACGUGCGCUUUGAUUUCAAGCCAUUGAGUUUUGAGAUUCCUUUGUGAUUCACCUCAAUCUAUAACUCUAUCUCUCUUGUUCUCUUGCUCAAACUAAGGGGAGCUCAAAGAGCUAAAUUCGGCUGAACAAUAACAUCAAAGAAAAUCAUAUUCAUCUGAUUUAAACAAUGACAUUUUACAUAGCACUUGUUCAUGAACAGUUACACUGAAUUCUUUAGAACGCCAUCAAACAUUGAUCCAAUUUCAUCACUAGCCAAAUUCCUAAAAGAAGACUGUGUAGAACAAUGAGGUGGUUGGAAUUAGGAUGACUACGAUAUAUAGAGAGGCCAAUGCUAGGAAAGUAGGUUCAUUCCAGUGCUCACAACUCAGCUGCGCUGAAGCUACCCACUAUUGCCUUAUCUUACUACUAAUCUUUAUUCACCUCAUUCAUCAUGAGGUACGGUCAAAACGGGGCCAACAACCUCGGUCAAUACCGAGUCGGCGGUUUGGGCCACGGCUCUGGCAGCAGCAGCUUCAAUCGAAACGUCACGGGAACGGGCUACAAAGGGAGAAACUUCGACCCCAACUUUCACAGUCGAAGAAACGAAGGCAGAGAAUCGGGUUAUAAGGGCAAAAACUUUGACCCAAAUUAUUACAACCGGCGGGGUCUAGGCGUUGAUACGAUCAACAAUUUUGUUCGAAACAAUCUUGGCCAGCGAAACAGUAGAGAGGGCUAUCAAGGGAGGAAUUUCAACCCAAACUAUCAGAACCGUGGCGACAGAGGGCCCCAAAACCCCUUUCACCAAAGUCACCCUGGCCAUAUAGACCGGUGUCAGUGUACAGCUCUUCCCCUGCUUUUUCUAUCAAACUUUUCCGAGAAAGUCCUUCACACAUUACAAGCAGACCGAGACGGGGACCAGAACAUGUGCUAUUGCGGGCAACCAGGAGGAGCGCAGUGUUUUCACACGAUUACAGAGCUUUAUCAAAACAGUUUGGUAAAUGCAGCGGAGCUACAAACCGAGCUCAUUAAACUCUUGGAAUUUCUCAUGUCUGAUAAUGAGAAAGAUCAGGCAUAUAUUCGCGGAGCCCUAGGCCUGUUCUUAAAAGAUAACCCAGACAGCAUUCUCGAAAACGUGGUGGAAGCCAUGGGUGCAGUCCACAUCGCGGAAACCGAGGACCCAGAGAAUGAUCUGAAUGAAUUUUCUCUAUAA